AUGAAAAUUUGGUGCGGCUGAGACGUUUGCAAAAUAGCAGGCUCAUUUGCAGGGGAAUUACUGUACAGAAAAUUCAUUUGGAUUCGGGCAGAACUUUUGCCGAGACGCAAGUCUUUCGUUUAUAGAACUACCGAGUAUAAAACUUAUUCAAUUUGUAAUUGGUUCGCUCUCAAUGAACUAAAUUUCAAUAUGGAUAGUAGAAAUAAUAAUUUUAAUCAUUCGGAUGGAUCAUUAGUUCCGAUGGCGGAACAAUCAAAGCCGACAUUCAAGAAGUCUAGAAACCGCAGACCACGUCAACGAAAUGCGAGAACGCAUUCAUCAAAAAAUAUUGUUUUGUGUACAAAUCACAUUCGUCAGCCAUCACUACAGCCGAUGAGUUGUUGCACUUGCCAACCACCAGUACAAUCAAAUAAUCCAUUUUGUCAUCCUGGUCCUCAGACAUUAAAUUCAUUUUAUCCGCCUCCUCAACAGUCAUUCCAACAUGGCUCUCCGAUGUUCUAUGAAAAUGGUGGAUAUUUUUACAGAAGUCACAUUGCUCCCUCUCAUCCAAGUCAAGUUAAUUUACCUCCUGUCAUGCCAUGUCCAUGCCACGGUACAUAUCAGAACACAAACAAAGCAAUAAAUAACAAAAAUCGAAGGAUCAAAUGGUAUAAAAUGAAGAAAAUGAAUAAGCAGAAGCAAACAAACCAUGCUGGAAAAAUUACUCACAAUCGAAUAAACAAACAAAAAGCGAAAAACAGAUAUUUCAAUAUAACUGUUACAAGUGAAGAUGGAAUGCAACGAAUGACACAAGAGGAAAAAGCAACAGAAACAAAUGAAAAUUACGAGAGCAAUGAGGUUGAAAGUGCAAUUUACAUUAAAAUUUCAGAUACCGAAGACAGAGAUGAAUUUUUUGUUAUAGAGAGUAAUAUAAUCCACGAACUGUUCCACAUAUCAACUUUUGAAAUGAAUGAGAAACCUAAAGUAAUACAAUAUAGCCACAGUGCAAAAGCAGUAGCAUAUCUUCUUAGGUUGGCCUUUAGAGAGGAACACCCAGAGCUGAAUAUGGAAACUGCAAUCGAAAGCUACUCCAUAGCAAUGGAAUGUGACCAUGAAGUUUUAAGGGAUAUGCUUAAGAAAUCAAUUGAAAAUGAUAUACUUACAAUUGACACUCAAGUGGCAUAUAACCCAUCCAACAAAAUCAGUGUUGAAUAUCUAAAUAAUUUUUAUGAAUCAGUCGCUCACUAUAAGCUUACUGAUUCAGAUUUUGGUACUAUGAAACAAUGUAGGGUCACUUUUAAUAAGAUUUUACAAUUACAUUGGGAAACUGUUCCCAGUUUUCGUGAUUUUGUCAAACAAAGUCAGCUGCCAUGUGAAUUGAAUAUAGAAUCUAAAAGUAUGAUUUAUUUGCAUGGUAUUAUAUUGAGGUGUCAAAUGAAUGAAAAAAAAGAUGACACAUUGAAGAUCAUCUGCAGCAUUCGUAUUGGUCUAGACGACCAUGAACCAAUAUUUGAAACAAAAGAUAUCAAUUCUCAGAUCUUUGUACAAUUUAAGAAUUCUGUUAUAGUUGAACCAGGACAGAAGGCAACAUUAUGCAUCAUGACAGAAGGUAGAAAACGUGACGUGCAACAAAAAUUUGAGUAUUCUGACGAAAACAUGACAUUUGUUAUGAUGCGUUGUAAUACCGAAAACAUGGAUGAACAAGUGUAUCUUGAAAAGAUACUGUAUCAUGUUGAGUAA